CUGAUAUGUUAAAAACCUAUCCAGGCGUUGUAAGAUGUGGCAGGCGUAAGGAACACCUGGGCAGAGGAACGUGCCGACAGAUAAGAGGUAACCCGUGAACCCCGCCAGACGGCGCAUGGAGAGGUCCGAGACCUGUAGAACCACCUGCAGCUCAUUCAUUUACGGCCAGUGAGGAGAGAGCGACUGCGCUGUGAAAGACUGCGGGUGGAUCAACUGAACCAACAAAGCCCAGUGGAGAAUCACAGCAACGCAGCGCCGCUGAAAACCCAGCGCCCCAUUUUACAGUAGAAUGGCAUCAAGAAGAAUGGAGACCAAACCAGUGAUAACCUGCCUCAAAACGCUCCUCGUCGUCUAUUCCUUCGUGUUUUGGAUCACGGGGGCGAUCCUCUUGGCUGUGGGACUAUGGGGAAAGUUUAUGCUGGGUGCGUACAUAUCUAUCAUCGCUGACAGCUCCACCAACGCUCCUUAUGUUCUCAUCGGCACCGGAACAUGCAUCAUCGUGUUCGGACUGUUUGGAUGCUUCGCUACCUGCCGCGGGAGCCCAUGGAUGCUCAAGCUGUAUGCCAUGUUCCUGUCCCUGAUCUUCCUGGCAGAGCUUGUGGCUGGCAUCUCCGGCUUUGUCUUUCGUCAUGAGAUAAAGGGAACCUUUCAGAGGACCUUCAGUGAGGCAGUGAAGAACUACAAUUCCCAGGACGAGAGGAGCCUGGCUGUGGACAAUGUGCAGCGCAGUUUGAAAUGCUGUGGUGUGUUGAACUACACCAGCUGGUUGUCCAGUAUCUGGUUCCCUAACAACGGCAUCCCACCCAGCUGCUGUGCCAGCAUCUCUGACUGUAACGCUUCUGACCUGCACAAUGUCACCAUAGCCCCCAGCAAGGUCCACCAGCAGGGCUGUUAUGAGCUGGUGACUGACUUCAUUGAGACUAACAUGGGGAUCAUUGCUGGAGUGACAUUUGGAAUAGCGGUCUCACAAUCAAUUGGUAUGCUGUUGGCAUGCUGUCUGUCGAGGCUUAUCACUGCCAACCAAUAUGAGAUGGUGUAGCAGUGAGGUGCAGGGAGACCAGGAGGAGAGAGUACACGACACCUUGGAAACUGGGGAGGAACACACCCAAACGCUGGCACACUCCAUUCUUACUUUUCCACUCCUUAUCUUUCUUACUUUAUCACUCUCGUUUUCUCUCUUUCAUCUCUUUGAACACAUUCCUUAAUAUGCCACCAUGCCAUAAUUAAAAAAUUUACCUUUCAAGACCUUAAUUCUUCUAAAAUGAAUGGUUGUCGAUUAGCACCUGCCUCAGCCAUAUGCUCUGAUCCAGGCAUGCCAUGCCUACUUCAAACACUACCAAUCUUCACUUACACAAGUUGACAAUAUUCCUAAGAAAUUGCCUUGAUGCAACAUAGCAGUGGAAUGAGGAGCUAUCUUCCCCAGUCUAAAUUUCCUGGAAAUCAUUUUAGAGAUGCCAUCAGAAUUUCCAAUAUGAGGUUUUUGAAAGAAACUUGAGCUCACUCAGAAGGGACUGAGUCUCUCUAACUGACACACACACACACACACACACCGUCUGCUUUUUGCUGCUACAUGGACUACAGUAAACCUACAUCCUGCUUCUAAUGACUAUCACUCUAAAUGACCUUGUGCAAGUUGCUCUCUGUGGAUGUGUAUUUGUGAUGCGUUUCGAUCCUCUGUAUUCAGUCCUGUACUUGGUGAUCUCUGCCACUCCCUCCCCUGUGCCCUCUGUCUGUCAGUCAUAAUCAGUCAUAAUGUUGUUUUGUUGUUGUAAUAUUUCAUUUCAUCUUAAAAGUCUUAACUAGUCAUGUGUGUUUCUAUAACAGUAGUCUGAGACACAGCCAUUUUUCUGGUUUAAACCCCAGUUUUGGUGUUCAAAUGUUUUUACACAUUCACCUUCUGCUUGAGAUCCCACUCUAUUUGACUAUCCUUGUCCGUUCUCCAACACAUCCAGUUCUCUCUCUCUCUCUCCACCGCCACACCCCAGUACAUUCGGUUCCAACACCCUCCCCCCUGACUGACGCAUAUCGCUGCACAAACUAGAGUUUCACUGAGUCAGCACUGCUUUCUGAUGAUGAGAGAAGACUAUUCUACUUCCUGUCUUUUGUUGUUGCCGUUUGCUUCUCACUAUAUGGGAUUGGUAGACAGAGAGAGAGCCAACUGGGCACAGACUGGUUGAAUCAACGUUGUUUCCACGUAAUUUGUGGAAUAGACGAUGAAUUAAUGUCUGUCCAGUGAUAGAAAGAGAGAGAGAUUCAUUCUCAGUGGCAGGACUUGAGGUGUUCGAGCUCGAUUUGGUCUGUCAUUGCUCUGGCUUGGAACAAUCAAAUGAAAUACCACUUUUUGAAGAUUUGCCACUUUUGUGUAUUACUUAAAUGGAGAAUCAGUAAUAUGACAGCAACCACUUAGGUGGGAAUGACUGUAGGAAUACUACGCUUUAGCGAGGGCCUGGGGGUAGAAUGGAGUGGGGCAGACCACUGAGGUCACUGACACUGUAACUGGUUUCAUUCAAUUGCCAUGUGAGUACAGAAAACUGGUUCCAAGAUUCUAUUUCUGUAAUUACUAGGAUUCUUUUAGGUUUUUGUUGUUUGUUUUGGGGUUUUGAGCAUUCUGAAGUAGCUCUGUGUUUUCGGGGAUCAGUAUACAACCAAUGUACAUGAUCAAUUUAUCUCUCAAUCCAAAAUUGGACAGAUGAAAUAAGACUGUAUCAAAAACAAAGAGAACGUUUUAAAAUGCAUCACCAGCUAGCAUGCCAACAAAUAUAUGUUGAUAUUGUGAACAAUUGUGAUCUUGAAUCUAUGAAUAAAAUGGUCAUUACAUCGUU